AUGACGCAGGGCCUGGCGGCGUGGGGCAUUACCACGUCGGAGCAACUCGUGCAAGUCCUCAAACGGCCGGAGAAUGCAUCCAAAGGAGGCGCUAUCCCUGCCUUGAAAAUCGACAUUUUCCAAGGGGCAUGGACCGAUGACACCUUGUACGUCCCCCAAAAGGCCGAGCUGUUGCUCGACUGUGCGCUGGAUAGCAUGAUGGCAAGCACGAAACGUGGGGCACAGCAUCAUCUGGAUCCUGCAUACUGGGCGCUUCUUACGGCCAUUCUAGCGUCCGAGGCAGUGUCCCCCGAUACCCUGCAUGGUCUCGUGGCCAAGCAUCAUGUCUGGGCGUUUCCUGCGUCGAUCGCAGCGGCGCCUAGCGUGGCUUUGUGGGAAUCGGCCGUGCUGGCUCUUACGAUUCUUCUGCCGAUUAGUAUCCGCCGCAUCGGCGCAAGUCAUAUCGAUACCGUCAAUGCGUGUCUCUGUGACGUGCUUCGUGCGCUGCCGCAGCUGUGUGAUGAGACUACGAUGGAGGAUACGACUCAGUUCUGGGCACAAUGUAUGCGUGCAUGGAUGCCUCAGUUAGAGCUUGGGACGAACAGCAAGAAGACGGCCAAGUUCUUCGUGAGCACCUCGCUUGUUCCUUGGGCCGAGGCGCACGUAUACCUCUCUACACAGCCCAACUCUGCCGCGGCGACCGACUUGGACACACUACUGGGCCGUUGGGCAGCGCACUCCCUCUAUGGCACUGCUCUUCUCGGCCCCAAGGUGUCCAUUACGCUACCGGACAUCACCGACUCUCUCGUGGAAGCGCUGCAACAGCACAUGGACGGUACGCAUGCGCGAAGUACUCGUGCCAUACUGCCUUGGGUCUUGACGAGCAUGGUCGAGAGUGUUUUUCCCUGGCAGGAGCGAGUGCAAGCGCCGCCUGCGCCGAUUCGGCAGGCGAUGCUUGAGCGUGUCAUUGUGCCGCUUUGUACACGCUUGUUGCAGGACACAGCGCAUUUGCAGGACUUGCUCGCCAUGGUCCGUACCAUAGACGACCUGCGUCUGUACCAGCCGGGCGGUGAGGACGAGGAUGCCUGGGCGGCGCUCUGGUCACGGUGCCUGGCAGCGGCACGUCCGACGGCCCACACGUCGAGCGUCGUCUUUUCACUACUGACUGCCUUGUGGCAUGUCGAUGCGGCUCGUAUGGAGUCCUAUAUACCCCUGUUCUUCCAGGCAGUCGGCCGCAUUUCGCGUUCGCAGGCAUCGUGGGACGCAGCGUGGACGUUGACCAAGGUCGUGCUCGAUACCUUGGCGGCUGAGCGACGUAUGCCGCGACUGUACGAGUACGUGUACGAGGCAGGCCAGGAGCUCUGUGGACCGACGGCAGCCCCAUCGGUCCUUUUUCAGCUCGGCGCCAGUCCCCUCUUGUGUGCAUCUAUGCGCACACACUGGCAGACGGGCUGGGCGCAGCACAUGUCGCCUGCGCAGCAACGUGAUACACUUCUCACUAUGCAGUCUCAUGCCACGGCGCCAGCCUCGACGGAUGCGCAGCGUGCUUUAUCGUGGCACAUGAUGGCCAUGUUGGUCAGCUGCGUGGCCACGCCUGUGGACGAGGUGGUGCCUGCGUUGGGCACUUUCCUUACAGAGACGCUAUCCCUCCCUAGGGAGGCCAUGCUGGCUCAUACUCAUGCCAUGGCCGCCGCUUUGCGAUUGGGUACACAGCUCUGUCCUGCUUUAUCGCCACCCCACAUUCCGCUGUCAUCCGAGACCCUCGCGUCGUUGGUCCAGCUCUUGUCGUGUGACACUUGCCCUCCCGCUUUGCUCAUUGAUGGGACGCGGUACCUCUAUGCUCAUGAGACCACGUGGCCAGGCAUAGCGACGUCGUUGAUGGCCCACCUGCGUGCUGGCCUGACCCACCCCGACCGCGUACUCGAGACGUGGGAUGGCCAAGUCCUCGGUGUGGAAGACGCGGCGUAUGUACCUGUGGCCUUAUGGCGUCAAUGCACUACACGAUGGCUCGCUGUGGUCGAUCAGUGUGCGUCAGACGCGCUUCUCGACCAACUUGUGGCCUACCUCCACGACACAUUGGCCCUACCGGUGACGUCCGUGGCGUGCUUGUCGGUGGGCAGCUGCUUGCGUGAACUGAGUACGCUGUGUGUACGCAAUGCGCAGUUCUUGGAACUGCGUCGUUGGCAGGCUGCUGUAUGGCGGCAUGUCGAUCAGGCGACAGAGGUAUGGGCUCACCAGGGCACGAAGAAGCACCUUGUGCCUACACUGCAAGGCCUCGCUGUGCUUUUCCAUACACCUGUGGCGUACGUCUCGCGUACGAUCGCCCAAACCUUGGCGCCACGUCUGUCCAAUUUGCACGCCUAUUUGUGGCACCACCCAUCUUGUCUCGCAGCGCAUGCACGCGCCUGUGCAGAUCUACAGCGGUUGCUGGCGCGCUGGUGCACGGCAUAUGCGCCCCCCUUGCCGUGCCUGUCAUUGCCAGCCUACCUCGAUACCCUUCAAACAGCAACGCUUCCGCCGAGCGCCACUGCCUCGACACUGACCGCAAGCUGCGUCCACUUGGUCCAUGCGUUGCUGCCACAUACAUCAGAAAGCCUCGGCCCCUUGGAUUCGCUGCAUGCGUGUGCCAUGCAAGAUCCAGCCUCGGAGCAGACACGCCUCGCUGCCGAUGUGCUUACAGCCGUGUUGGCAUAUGCACGUACGGCGGCGUGGGCUUUGCCUUUGCCGUCGUGGUCGGCGCUGCAAGCGUCUUGGCAGACUCUCCUAGCUUCUGUCCCGGACGCAGCGCCUUCUACGUACCAAGACAUGGCGCGCCGCCUCCGUGUUUGCGCGGCCUAUACUCGUCUGGUCUUGAUGUCGGGCACUGACCACCAAGCGUUGGAUAAUUUGGCGCAUACUCUGUGCCGCGCCAUGGCCCUACUUUGCCGUCCAUGUCCACAGAGCAGCGAAGCUUCCGACGCAGCACCCCUCGCCUCUGCCCUGCUCGAUGCGCUGCUGGCCAUCACGCCAGCCGUUGGCACCGAGCGGUAUGCGCGUGUGAUUGUAGCGUAUGCCGGCCUCCAUGCGACCUUCCCUUCGCUGGCGGACGACCUCCACUCGCAAUUCGUUCCGGCGUGGCAGCAGGUGUCGCGUGACGAGUAUGGAUCGACACUCCACACUCUUGCGUCCUUGCUGAGCAGCGAAUCGCAUGGCACGGACCAAGAACGAAGUUCGUUGCUGGGCGCCAUCGCCGUGGUAUUGCAGUAUGGGCCACCUGGUACCAGCAAGCAGACAGGCCCAUUUCUCUCGAUGCUGUGGCUACGUCUGUCGUUCUUGCUUACUCAAUCGCCCUCGCUUACGCUGCCCGUGGUCGCCCUGGUCGAACGUGUAUGCCAGUAUCGUGCACGAGCUCUACGGCCUUUUGAUGUGCCGCGCCUCCUCUCGCUUUUAAGCGCCGUACUUUCGCCUCGUGUCCCACGUACUGCGCCUACCAUGCACGCAAGUUCUGCCAGUGCCAUCUUCCAGCAUGUGUGUGCUGCCCUUCGCGCCUUGGUACACCAACGCAAGGACUUGCUAGCGCCAUGCCUCCCGCAUCUUACCCAGCUUCUGGGCAUGCCAUGGCGUCUCCUAUCGUCCGUCUUGCGUGCGAAUACAGGCUCGGUGGUGCUGCACCACUUGGCCAGUACUAUGCCAUGCUGGCUCGACGUCCAUCUGCACCCAUUGAGCGUGGCCGAUGCGCAGGCUUUCAGCCGUCUGCUCACAGAACUAGGCGCCAAAACACCCAUCCAUCCCUCGCUUACGAAGCGGAGUAAGACCGAGAUGCCUGGCACCAUGGAAUCCCUAAGCAAGCCCAUGUCGAAGCAUGCCGUCUACAUCCUGGUGGCAUACGUACGCUGUCUUACUAUGCCAGACACGACCAUUGAUGUAUCCUUACGUCAAGCCUUGCAGCCUGGUCUCUAUGCCCUAUGCGAAUUGUGCGGCGAGUUCGAGCGCGAUACCGCCUUGAAAGGUAUGCUCGAUGCUAGCGGCCAACUCGUAUUUAAAGCCCUCUGGCGUGAAUGGGAGCGACAACGAUACAGGGGCGAUUAA